AUGUCGGGUCAAAGGUUACCUGUGUUUCCUACAAGAAUGAACCUAAGAACAAUAGAAACAAAAAAGAAAAGUGCCGAAAAAGGACAUUCGCUACUGAAGAGAAAAAGCGAUGCAUUGAAAGUAAGAUACAGGGCAAUAGAGGAAGAAUACAACAAAAAAGAAUUGGGAAUUAAUCAAAAGAUAAAAGACGCAUUUUUUAAGCUUACAGAAGCAGAGUUCCUCGGUGCCAAUCUCAAAAUGUUUUUGUAUGAAUGCCAAAAACAAAAUGUUUAUAUAAAGUCCCAGGUGGAGCAGGUGUCAGGAGUAAGCCUUCCACUUUUCACUCUUCAGAAAGAAAAUGUAAAGCCUAUUUUGUUUCUUGAUAGAAGUGGGCAAUCACUGAAUGAAUGCAGGGAGAAGUUUUUGGAAGUUCUAGAGAUGCUAGUGGAUUUGUGCGCACUAAAGAACUCGUUUAGGGUCCUCAAUUCUAUACUAAUGAGUACCAAUAGAAGAGUCAAUGCCUUGGAAUUCAAUAUUAUCCCAAGAUUAGAAAAUACCAUUUCUUACAUCGCCUCCGAACUUGAUGAGCAAGAUAGAGGGGACUUCUUUAGACUUAAGAAAAUACAAAACUUAAAAGCUAAGGAGAAAAAUGAUUAA